GAAAGAUAGGGAGAGACGGAUAGAGAAUGUGUGGCUUAGUGCACCAUGCUGAGAGCUUAAACGUACUUAGUACAGUAGUAGCUAUUUACUUCCUGUGUUUUGCCAUAAGUGUGAAUUAUUGAGCUGAUCUGUAAAGGAUACUACAGAUUGGGACUUGUUUGAUUCUCAUUUCUCCAAAAAGUCUGUAAAGAGGGUUGACUGAGAAUUUGGUGUGAAUAAUUGUCCAUAUCAAACUGAUGGGAUGAGAAGACUAAGGAGCUUUGAUGCUGGGAUCCUGUUCAUCGUCUUUUCUAUUGCCUUUAGCCUAGAAGUACCUCCUCAGGGCUUUUACCACUGGCUUGCCAGAUCUCAUGUGGAGCAUCCACCAACAAUCACAUCUCACUCCGAAAGAUCAGUUGUGGCUGUUGCAUUUGAAGAUAAUUUUACUUUGACAUGUGAAGCUACAGGAAAUCCCAAACCAGUGAUUUACUGGACUAAAAAUAAUCUGUACUUUAACCCACAUAAUGAUGUAAGACUCCAGACCUUUGAAAACAGUGGAAGUUUUGUUAUUCCAAACAACAAGUACCUUGGAGAAUAUCAGGGUAAAUAUAGAUGCUAUGCAUCCAAUAAACUGGGAGUAGCAAUGUCAGAGGAAACCCACUUCAUGGUACCAACUUUACCAAAGUUUCCAAAAGAAAUCAUAGAGCCAGCAGUGGUUAAAGUGGGAGACUCAGUGGUCCUGGAAUGUAACCCACCCAGCGGCAUUCCACCUCGUCAGCUCUACUGGAUGACUAUUGAUCUUCAACACAUUGACCAAGAUGAGCGAGUGUCCAUGGGCUUGAAUGGGAACCUGUACUUUUCAAACGUGCAAGAAAAAGACAGUCGUAGCAACUACUGCUGUUUUGCUAGCUUCCCAAAAAUUCGCACCAUCGUCCAGAAAACUGCCUUGGCUAUUGUGGUCAUGUCUUCAAACUCAACUGGUGAAACAGAUUUCACAGUUUUAGACAGAAAACCAAAUCUUCUGGUGCCCUCUGGUGAUCUAACCCAGACAUAUCUGGUGCAAGGACAGGAUCUCGAGAUUGAGUGUAUUGCAGAAGGAUUCCCCACACCAAUAAUAGAAUGGACCAAGAUUGAAGGGAAGUUGCCAAAACGCAGCAACAUCAGGAAUCAUGGAAAAUGGUUGACUGUACCAAAAGUCACAGAGGAAGACAAUGGGAAAUACAUGUGCAAGGCAAAGAAUUCUGCUGGUCAAGCGACUCAUGUCUUCGAUAUUACAGUAGAAGAGCCACCACACUGGGUGCAAGAGCCAAAAAGCCAAAUUGUGCCAAUAAAAUCAGAGGUACACAUAAAAUGUUAUGCUUCAGGAAAGCCACAACCCACAAUCACCUGGAUGAGGAAUGGUGAACCACUCCAAGCUGCCCCUUCAUCCAAUGUCAGAGUGCUACAUGACACAUUAAUCCUUUAUGAAGCACCAAAAGAUAGUGCUGUGUAUCAGUGUGAGGCUUCCAACAAACAUGGCACUUUACUGAGCAAUGCCAACAUCAUGGUCAUGAAUAUUCCACCAAUGAUCCUGACACAGACAUCUGAAAAGUACAGUGCUGUGUGUGGGAAGAGUGUCAUCAUGGACUGCAAAGUAUUUAGUUCUCCACCUUCUGAUAUCCAUUGGCAAAAAGAAAGCCUUGAAGUGGUGUUAGGAGAGCGAUUCUUUCUCCUUAAAAAUGGCUCCCUCCAGAUUAAGACAACUAAGUUUGAAGACACAGGAAAAUAUGAUUGUGUUGCUGAAAACUCAAUGGGCACAUCCAGGAAUUAUGCAAACCUUUAUGUAAAAGAUCCAACCAAAAUCGUGAUCCCUCCUCAAGAUAUGAACAUCAAGAGAGGAAGCAUGGCAACGCUUCAGUGCAAGGCGCAGCAUGAUCAAUCAUUCACUGAUGAGCUGAAAAUUGUCUGGCAGAAGGAUGGGAAAGAAAUAGAUUCCAACAAUGAAGAUUCAAGAUACUCAACUGAUGAGGGAAUAUUGCACAUCAACAAUGUGAGCCACACAGACAAAGGCCUUUACACAUGUAUUGUUAGAACAUCUCUUGACCAAGAUACAGCAACUGCAUAUAUAACUGUGCUAGAUGUACCUGACCCUCCAGUAGACUUAAUAUUAUCAGAUCUGAGAGAUCGUAGUGUGAUGCUUCAUUGGAUGCCUACCAAGGACCACAACAGCCCUAUUACAGAGUUCAUCAUUGAAUUUGAGGAGAACCAAUGGGAACCAGGCAACUGGAGGCCACUGCUGCGAGUAUCUAGCCAACAGAAUUCUGCUCCACUAUCAUUAUAUGGACACAUUAACUAUCAAUUUAGAGUUAGUGCUGUUAAUGCCAUUGGCAAAGGUCAUCCCAGCAAACCAUCAGAGAGAUAUAAAACUCCUCCUGCUGCCCCAGACAGGAAUCCAGAAAACAUAAAGAUCGAGGGUCAUUCACCUCAUCAGAUGGAUAUUACUUGGGAGCCGUUGAUGCCUAUUGAACAUAAUGGGCCUGGCCUAGAGUAUAAGCUUAGCUACAGGCGGAUGGGUGUUGAGGAAAGCUGGACUGAGAAGAUGGUGAAAAGGCAUUCCUUCAUUGUAAAGGACACCCCAACAUAUGUUCCCUAUGAAGUUAAGGUCCAUGCCUUUAACAAUCAUGGUGGGGCAGUGGAGCCCAGUGUGGUGAUUGGAUACUCUGGAGAAGACUUGCCAGUUGCAGCUCCUGAGAAUGUACAUGUAAUGGUGUUGAACUCCACACUGAUUCAGGUCAGCUGGUCUCCUGUCCAAAAGACCCACCUCAGAGGCCAUCUUGAAGGCUACAGUGUGCAUUGGUGGAGAACACAAAGCCUGUUGACUUCAACAGAAGUCCCUGCUGAGAAGCAGUUUCUGAUUGUUCCAGGGAACCAGAGUUACACCAUUGUGCCUGGACUGAAACCUUUCUCCCAAUACCGUCUCACUGUCAAUGUCUUUAAUAGAAAGGGCAGUGGUCCCAGCAGCAAGCCACUCACCUUUACAACACCGCAGGGAGUUCCUGAAAGCCCCCCUAUACUCAGAGCCACAAACCCUCAGGAUAACUCCAUCACACUGGUGUGGGCUCCACCAUCUGAGGCCAAUGGUGUUCUCACAGGAUACAAGCUGCAAUACCAGAUAUUAAAUGAUACACUGGAUAUUGGUGAAGUAUACAGAGUAAACAUCAGUGGACCAGACACUACACAGUUGGUUCUACAUGAUCUGGAGUCAGGCAGCUUCUACAAGUUCCAGCUGAGUGCUUGUACACAUGUGGGCUGUGGACCAGCAAUCAGUGAAGAUGGAUUGAUUGCUACUCUAGCCUAUGCAGAAGGUGUGCAUGAGACUCUUUCAUCUAAAAGCUGGUUCAUCGGAAUCAUGUGUGCUGUGGCAUUGCUCACCCUGGUAGUUCUAAUUGCCUGCUUUGUGACCAAGAACAAAGCUGGAAUGUAUGCAGUGAAUGAGAAGGAGGAGAGGCGGCAACAUCUGGAGAUUACAAAGGAUGAGAUAUCCCGUGGAUACAGUGACAUUCAGCCUUUUAAGAACAGCCAUCCUGCAUUAUCGAGAGACAUCAAAGAAGACAGCAACAGCCUGCACAGCUCAGUUGACUAUGGGAAUGAAGACUUCAGUGAGGAUGGAUCUUUCAUCGGGGAAUAUGUUGGCUUCAAGCAAAGGUUUUCUACAGAGUUUACACUCUGAGAUACUGUUCCUUAUUUUAGACUAGUAAAUGGGUGAAAGGUUGUGUGUAAUUUAAAGUGGCAAAUGGAUGUAUAUCAAAUGGAUGUUUAUGUGUGUGUGUGUGUGUGUGUGUGUGUGUGUGUGUGUGUGUGUGUGUGUGUAAGAUCACUUCCAUAAAGUGUAGUAAAUACCGUGGAACACCCUAUCUUAAUAUCAUAUGACAAGGUUUUUUUCAUUGGAAAUCUUGCUAUGAUUCAUUGUUUUAUAACUAGAUGGAAUUUUUUUUUUAGUAUACAGUCAGUUCUGAUAAUUUAAAUUAUUAUUUUAAAAACUGGUCAUGGUCUCUCACUGACUUAAUAUUGUCAGUGCAUUUUUUGUUAGAUGCUAUGGACAGGCUAUUCAUAAGGCUAUUCAUAAGGCACAAACUUGUCGUCUCUAAAAGUCUUAUUUAAAAAUAAGAACGUAUGGAUCCUAGGAUCAAAUGGAUGUCCUUUAAUAUUGAUGGCAUAGAUUAACAUAAUUAUUUCUGAUUCUUACAUAGAACUAAAAACCUAACACAUUUUUAUUUAAAAAUGUACUCAACUGAAAUUAAAAUUUGCACUGCCAAUUAUCAAAAAGGGAAUCUAUCUGAAAUUGUUCAAAUAUAGUAUUGACCCACACUUUCAUUCUUGCAUGGCCAUAUUUUCUAAUUUACAUAAAUGACGCAUGCAGAUACACAUCGAUGCAGCGUGGUGGUCAUUCUUAAAGAAUAGAGAAUUCCUAGAGAUUAAUGUCAUUCCAGAUGUAUCCAUUCUUGCCAAGUAUAUUUAACUAAAAACAUGCAUCUUUUACAUGCUUGGCACUUAUCUUGUAAUGCAGUGUAUGCCUACCUCUAUUUUACAUCUUAAACUGUCAUUCGUUUUACUGGAUAUAAUGUAUGACAUUGAUAUAUAUUUUUUCCUUAUGACUUCAGUGAAUAUAUAUUUUCAUGUUUUAUUUUAUUAUUAUUUUUUUUAUUUCUUUUAUAUGCUUUGCAUUCUUUUUUACUUGUAAAUGUUUUUGUAUUUGUCCAAGUCUCAGAUUGUUUGGACAGAAUAGCUACAUAGUUAUAGAGAAUUCUUGAGAGAACUCCUCGCACACAGUAGUCAUAUCAGCCAGGCAAGAAUCUCUAGUAAGUCAGUGCAAGUCUUUUGUACAGAUGUGGGUCUAACCAAAUAAUGUAUUUUGCUUUAUGUUCACAAACCUUUUCACACAACUGGGUUUUUAUUUGUUACAUAUACAUUGCUGUAAAGAUGAUAUAAAGUGGGUCAACCUAAACCCUUUUAGAAAUACCCUCAUGAAAUAAAAACACACAUGGUCCCUGA